AUUAAAAUGUUGCUUGAUUUCUUUGAUGACAUCGCUGAAACUUUCCGAAGUUGCAAUGGUCUCGCUAUUUUAAUGGUGAUACCCUUAGUUCUCUUAGCAUCUCCUGGCUACGCGUCCCAAAGUUUUCCAGUGUUCAGAUUGCAAGGUUUCGAGUCAGGGUCAAACAAAAAUGGAUCUUUUGGAGCUGCAAUUGCAGCAGAGGCCACGACGCAUAUCAGGCUGGCUCAUCGAAAAUGUUUUUUAAUGAGAAUGGAGGAGACAAAUGCGGCGAGGCUUAAAGAUGUGGUGCGCAUGUACCCACUAGCGAUUGUUAUUAUACUGCCUGAUGCUGAAGCCACGCUGCAACUGAGUGAAGAGCAGCAGCAAAAUUGGCUGGAAGUUGAGAGCAUGCUGCUGGAAGGGGAAUAUCCCAUUCCAAUCUAUUUCGCAUUGCAGUCGGAAACUGUGAUGCAAGUCUUGUCCGACUUGAAGGAAAUAACAUCUACAGACAGUGGAUCCUCGGCGGCAAAAGCACUGGUGAAUGCAAUUUUUGGAAACGGUUUCCAAAUUGUGGCCAGCUCGCCAGCGCCCGCUCAGAUUCCAGUGACGAAGUUCGCCAAUAUUAUGGCGUCACUUAUCAACACUCGGAAGAACGUGGAGCUAGAUAGUCUGAUGAUUGUGGCACAUUAUGACGCCUUCUCCCCUUCUGCUGAUUUGUCCAAGGAGGUGGAUGCAAGCGGCACGGGGCCAGCAUGUCUGCUCUCGCUUGCCAAAACACUCUCUGGACUCUAUGGUAGCCCCGAGAACCAACCCAGCUUGAAUGUCAACUUCCUCUUAAGUGCGGCGGGAAAAGUGAACUUUCUGGGAUCAAACCACUACCUCCAAAAUAAUGAACAAGCAAGUAAGAAGAUGCGACUAGUGUUGGCGUUAGAUAGCUUGAAUGGCCUAGAAGCUGAUUCAGAUACACUCUACUUCCACAGAAAGACGGCGAAAUCUACCUCCAAUGCACAACUGCAGGACCUACUUAGAUUUCAGCAGAUUCUGGAACAAACUGCGACUGAUGCUGGCUUGAAAUUCGAAGUGGUGUUCCGGAGACCAAACGCAGACCAGUGGUUUCAGUGGGAACAUGAAAGGUACUCCGGCUACAGAGCAGCCACUAUAUCCGGUCACAGCAACCCAUACCACCCCAUGCGCAAGUCAUUGCUGGACAACGGUCAGAAAAUCAACAGUCGAAAACUGAUCACUAAGAUGGAGGUGGUCCAGAAGGCCGUUCUCCAAUACCUCUACAAUGUGUCUCAAGUACUCCACGAGGAAGACCAGAAGAACUACUACCAGCAAUACCAGGGUCUUGUGAGCGAGGAAGAGGUUGAAACCCUGAUGCAUUACGUGGCCACACAGCCCCACUCCAGCCAGUACCUGGGCAAGGGACAUCCUUAUGUGCGGAGUCUUUACCGGUCUCUGAGCCGCUAUGGUAAACUGGCUGCCAUCCAUGAAUUCUCUCUCGACUUCUCGCCCUCUUCUGCUGGUGCGGCGAGUGUGAGGAAGGAAGACGUGGUGUUCUAUGACCAGAAGCAAGCUAUUGCAUUCGCAUACAAAGUGAAACCUGCUGUGUUCGACCUGUUUCUUUCAGUGGCCAUUGCAGCUUACGUUGGACUUGUGUACUUAUCCGUGUUGUCGGUCCCGAUGUUGCACAGCUACUUGCAGAGCAAACUGCUCUUCCCUCAGCAGUCGUCACCGAAGCAGAAAGCGAAGUAGAAUAUGUAAUUGGAGACAUGUGCUAUGACUACUCAGCGGAGAAGCGAGCAUCGUCAUCUAUCCAGUGUCUAUAUUGUCAAUGUAGAGGAACCUAACUACUUCGUAGCUCAACUCAUCCUUCCAUUCAUGUGCUCAUAGUACUCAUGAACUGUGUUAUAUGAAUUUAAAUGAACUGAACCCUGCUGUGAUCAAGCAUGUAUUUAACUGUUAGCUGCUCAACAUGUUUUUAUACUGGA